AGGACGUUUCCAACUACCUAUUUGAUGAAAUUACACGCACGCUCGCCUGCUACAUUGUUUAAGCGUAGCCAUGGGGUGUGGUGUGCAAACGUAGCGCUGCCUUCUGCUUCCGCCCACCCUGUCUUCCUUCCAUUCUUGAGAUCCAUAUCUCUCCCGCCUCCGCUUACUCCGCUCGCCCACAAGCCAAAAUACCACCCCUUUUCCUCAAACUUGUCCUCCUCCUCCGCUGCUUUCUUUCCCUUUACUUCUUCUCCUUCUUCUUCUUUCUCCUCCCACAAGCUAGUCAGAAUCCGAGGGAAGGGAAAGAACGGAUCUCUUCCCUUGCCCUGUCAAUGUAACACCUGUUUCCCUUGUUCCGUACGUUGUUCUUCUCCCUCCCCCUCGCCUUCUGCAGAAUGGGACAGGCUGAGGCUACAUGGUGUCUCUUUGUCCGGUCUUUCUCUAGUCUGUUCAUGGAGUCCAAGAUUCCGACGAACGUGUCCUGCGACGUCUGAGCUGCGCCUUCAUUACCGUUUGUUGCUGCGCGCAAGCCUGCUGCUUCUUCCCCUGUCGUCGUGGUCGUUGGAAGAGUAAGCACCAAAGAGUAUGGAGGAGGAGGACGGGAAGAAGGUCUCGGGGUGUGGCCUUCUCGUCCUUUACAAUAACAUCUUCCGCCGCGGGACCGCGAGCUCGAGCCCCGGGCACCCCACGUCGGCCGCCGAGAGCCCGAAGCUGACGGCGUCCGACUCCAAGCGCCGACGCGCCGCGUCCGACGAGGCCUCCCUCCUGGUGCCCGCGAACGCGUCCCAUUUGCCCGUCGCGCCGGCUCCGCAGAAUCCCAAGGCGGUCGCCCCGGGCUACCUCAAGGCCUCCGGAAGGCCGGCUGGCGCGCCCGCGGGCAACGCGGGCCGCGCGCGCAAUCUCGGCCUUGCGGGCGAGCUCGACAGCAUGAUUAACGAUCACCAGCGCUCCAUGGGCAGCAGCACCCUCGUCCGCGCGUCCUCCGGCAACGUCAUGGUCUUCAGCAACCUUGGCAACAUCCGGGCGCCCGGCGCCGUCACCCCCAACCGGAACGUGCUCGAUUUCCUGCCCAAGACCGCAAGCGAGAAAGGGGGGAUCCCCGACGGCAACCAAGGGCCCAGGUACACCAAUGGCCCCGCAGGCCACGCCCCGAACAGCAGCGCCGUGGAGGUCGCGGCGCCCGAGGGGCUGUGCCGGGCUCUGUCAAAGAGACUGGAGCCGGAGGAGCUGAAGGAGAUGGGCAACGAGGAGUACAAGAAGGGGAGAUACGCCGAGGCGGUCGCGCUCUACGAUCGCGCCAUUCUUAUCGAUCCGGGCAAAGCAUCGUACUGGAGCAACAAGGCUGCUGCCCUCAUGGCCAUGGGCCACCUUCUCGAGGCCGUCAGUGAUUGCAGAGAAGCAGUACGCAUCGAUCCUUCUUAUGCCAGGGCGCAUCGGCGAUUAGCUACAUUGUAUCUCAGGUUGGGAGAAGCUGAGAAGGCAAUCCACCAUUUCAAGCUAGCACGAAAUGAGACGACCUCUGAGGACAUUGCGCAAGUACAUCGCCUCCAAAACCAUCUCUCCAAGUGCAACGAAGCCCGCAAGCUACGGGACUGGCACUCGGUGCUGAAAGAAGCUCGUUCUGCUGUCUCUUCCGGUGCCGAUUCAUCUCCCCAGGUCUCUCAGUUACACUCUCUUACUCAUGCAGAGAUGAUGCACUUCCGAUUGAUAUAUCUAUCCGAGCUACUAAAUCUUGUCUGUUGUGUUCCAAAGAUCGUGGCUGCUCAUGUAGAGGCCCUCCUAGCGCUCGGCAGGCAGGAGGAGGCAGAAACGACAUUGAAUUGCGCCCCAAAGUUCAACAUCGAUGCGUCUACAAAGUUCUUUGGGGCUUCCAGAAGUGCACAUCUGCUCUCAGUCAGAGCACAGAUUCACUUGGCUACAGGAAGGUCAGAACCAAACUCUGUGCUCCUCUUCUACCAGAUCGAAGAGUAUGCAGAUCGUUUAUGCUUGGAUUUUGUUUCUGUAAGGUUUGAGGAUGCUGUUGCCGUAGCUCAGAAGGCUGCUCAGAUCGAGCCGAGCAGCAGAGAGGUCGGUGCGGUGGCCCGGAAGACUCGAGCUGUGGCAUCAGCUCGUUUGACGGGGAAUGACCUCUUCAAGGCUUCCAAGUUCAGGGAGGCUUGCGUGGCGUACGGGGAAGGCCUCCACCAUGACCCCCAAAACGCGAUUCUUCUCUGCAAUCGGGCGGCGUGCCGGUCGAAGCUUGGGCAGUGGGAGAAGGCCAUCGAAGACUGUAAUGCUGCUUUGAACAUGCGUCCUUCCUACACCAAAGCUCGUCUCAGAAGAGCCGACUGUAAUGCAAAGUUGGAGCGGUGGGAGGCAUCAGUGCAAGACUACGAAGCACUGAUCGACCAGCUUCCGGGCGACGAGGAGGUGGGCAAGGCAUUGAGUGAGGCUCGACAGCAGCUCAAGAAACAGAGAGGUGAAGGCAGUAUGGACACCAAGGUUGGUGCCAACUUCGUCCGUGUCACUAACAAAGAUCAACUCAAGCAGUUCAUCAUGGCACCAGGGAUCACUGUUGCAUUAGUCUUCAACAAAUCUAGUGAACUUCCAAGCCAAACAAUUCCUUUCAUGGAGAAAAUGUCCAAGCAACAUCCCACUGUUAAUUUCCUCGCGAUGGAUCUCAGCCAAAGCCCGUUGUUGGAGGAGUACGGUAGCUAUGGGCCGGUGGCGUUCAAGGUGUACAAGAACGGCUCCACGGUGAAGGACAUCGAUGGGCUCGACCAGGAGCAGCUGGAGAGCUCGCUCAGAGCACUCAGCAAAUGAGGAAGUCAGCCGACCAAAUCAGAGAAGAAGUGUAAAGAUAGCGAAGCUGUACAGUGUCUGAACAACCCUACCCCGUGGUGGUGCAGAUCGCCACCACCGUCUGUCUCCUCGAGUUCAUCUGCUGCAGCCAACAUUUGGGGAAGGAAAGCACAUGAUAGAACUAGUAGAGCCUUUUUGUUACUCAUCCGACCCUGAACAAUGACUCUCUCUC